GUGCCCCCAGCAGAAGCAGCGUCCCGUCCUCCCCCGUGUUCAGCAGCAGCGACAUCAUUCUGUGCCAGCUCACCCACACCGUCUCCUGCGCCCACCAGAAGCCCAUCACGGCGCUCAAGGCUGCGGCUGGACGGUUGGUCACCGGCAGCCAGGACCACACGCUGAGGGUGUUUCGGCUGGAGGACUCGUGCUGUCUGUUCACGCUGCAGGGUCACUCGGGAGCGAUCACAGCCGUGUACAUCGAUCAGACAAUGGUGCUGGCGAGUGGGGGCCAGGACGGUGCCAUCUGCCUCUGGGACGUGCUGACGGGGAGCAAGGUCAGUCACAUGUACGCCCACCGCGGGGACGUCACCUCCCUGACCUGCACAACCUCCUGCGUCAUCAGCAGCGGCCUGGACGACGUCAUCAGCAUCUGGGACCGCAGCUCGGGGAUCAAGCUCUACUCCAUCCAGCAGGAAAUGGGCUGUGGUGCCAGUUUGGGCGUCAUCUCCGACAACCUGCUGGUGACAGGAGGCCAGGGCUGUGUCUCCUUCUGGGACAUCGGUUACGGUGACCUCCUGCAGACCGUCUACUUGGGGAAGAGUAAUGAGUCGCAGCCGGCGCGGCAGAUCCUGGUGCUGGAGAACGCCGCCAUCGUCUGCAACUUCGGCAGCGAGCUCAGCCUGGUCUACGUGCCCUCGGUGCUGGAGAAGCUGGACUGA